AUUAGCACGUGUGGUUUGUGGGUGCUUUAUAUGCUGAGUAGCAAAACAGCUAAAAUCGGUUCAAAAAUUAUAACCAAUAACAGGUCUACGUCUGAAAGACAUUAAUUUUAAUAAAAGACUACAAUGCCUACUCCAGAUAAAAUGUUAACAAGAAAAAUCAAAAAGAGACAGAAGAAGAAAAUGAAGCUUGUUCCACCACAGAAAGAAAGUCCUGAAAAUGGAGUUCCUGACGUUGAAGAAAUUAUUCCAUCAGAAGCCAAGAAAAGACCUUUUGCAGACAACAAAAAUAGUGAAAAGGCACCCAAAAAAAAAAAGAAAAAAGUUUUAACAAAAGAAGAACCUGUGGAAGUUAAGACUGAGGCUAGUGAUAAUAGUGAAAAGGAUAAUGAUACAAAAAGCAAAACUAAUUCAGAUAAUCAAUUACCCGGUUCAAGUGUAUAUCAAAGAAUUUUAUCAGAUCAGAAAUUUUCUACAUUAGAGGGAAAGGUUUGUGAGCCUACUUUGAUGGGCGUCAAAGACAUGGGUUUCACGACUAUGACCGAAAUACAAGCUAAAGCUAUACCACCAUUGUUGGAAGGCCAUGACUUAGUUGGUGCAGCUCAAACUGGCUCAGGAAAAACACUGGCUUUUCUUAUACCUGCUAUUGAACUUAUAUAUAAAUUGAAAUUUAAACCAAGGAAUGGCACUGGUGUCAUUAUUCUGUCUCCGACAAGAGAAUUAUCAAUGCAAACUUUUGGUGUACUUAUGGAAUUGAUGAAACAUCAUCAUCACACUUAUGGUCUUGUAAUGGGUGGUUCCAACAGAAGCAUAGAAGCCCAGAAGUUGUCAAAAGGAAUUAACAUAUUGGUUGCUACACCUGGACGGUUAUUAGAUCAUCUUCAGAACACACCAGAUUUUUUGUAUAAAAACCUCCAAUGCUUAAUUAUUGAUGAGGCCGAUAGAAUACUUGAGAUUGGUUUCGAAGAAGAAGUCAAACAAAUCAUAAAAUUGUUGCCCAAACAUCGACAAACAAUGCUUUUCAGUGCUACACAAACAAAAAAGACGGAAGCACUUACAACAUUAGCGGUGAAACAGGAGCCGAUAUAUGUUGGUGUUGAUGACCAUAAAGAACAGGCUACAGUGGAGUCAUUAGAACAAGGUUAUAUUGUGUGUCCGUCAGAAAAGCGCAUGAUGGUAUUGUUUACAUUUUUAAAGAAGAACAGAAAAAAGAAAGUGAUGGUAUUCUUCUCAACUUGUAUGUCCGUUAAAUAUCAUCACGAGCUCUUCAAUUACAUAGAUUUACCUGUCAUGUCUAUUCAUGGUAAGCAACAGCAGACCAAGCGAACCGCGACGUUCUUCCAAUUCUGCAAUGCUGAAUCAGGGAUUUUAUUAUGUACGGAUGUCGCUGCAAGAGGUCUCGACAUUCCAGCAGUCGAUUGGAUAGUCCAAUACGAUCCGCCAGAUGACCCUAAGGAAUAUAUACACAGAGUUGGUAGAACAGCUCGAGGGCUCGGAACAAGUGGGCAUGCCUUACUCAUCUUACGCCCUGAAGAACUGGGAUUUUUAAGAUACUUGAAACAGUCCAAGGUCACCCUCAAUGAAUAUGAAUUCUCUUGGAAUAAAAUUGCUGAUAUACAACUACAACUCGAAAAACUAAUAUCUAAAAACUAUUUCCUCAACCAGUCUGCUAAGGAAGCCUUCAAAAGUUAUUUACGAGCUUACGACUCGCACCAUCUCAAGACUAUAUUUGAUAUCGACACUAUAGAUUUGGCGAAGGUUUCUAAGUCUUUCGGAUUCACUGUGCCACCAGCAGUAGAAUUGAAAGUAGCUAAUAAAGGUCCUCCGACAAAAAGAAAAGGUGGUGGCGGAUACGGAUACUUUAAUUCUUUAAAUGCACCAACCAGUCACAAGAAUAAGGCCGGGAAAACGAAAAUCUAUAGACAAAAAGGUGGCAACAAAAAAAAAACAAUUAAAUAAUUAUUUUGUUUAUAAGGUAUAAAUUAUACGAUCAUUAUUUUAA